AUGGAAAAUAAUGGAGAGUUAUAUUGUUUAAAAUGGAAUCAAUUCCAAAUAAAUAUAUUCUCAGCUUUAGAAAAUUUACAUUUAACUGAAGAUUUUGCGGAUGUAACAUUAUAUUGUGAUGGUACUUCACAUAAAGCCCAUAAAGUUAUUUUAUCAGCUUGUAGCCCUUACUUUAAAUCUGUUUUUAUGGAACAUCCGUUAUGCUCACAUCCAGUAAUUAUCCUUAAAGGUGUGUCUUAUGAGGAUUUAGUUUCAUUGUUAACGUUUAUGUAUCAAGGCGAAGUUAAUAUACAAAGAGAACGUCUUCCAGAGUUUAUGCGUACAGCAAAACUACUUCAAAUACGUGGCCUUGCUAAUUGUUAUGAAAUAAAUCCUGUUUUUCAAACGUCAUCCAGUCAACAGAAACGCCAAUUACAAGAAGAUUCAAAUACUGAUAGUGAUUCGUCAACCCAUGGCAAGAAAAAAAUACGUAUUCGUCGAAAAUCUGCUACUAAAUCAAGCAAUGAAAAUGUUUCAGAAAUAACAGACUUAAAGAGUACAUCAAAUGUUGUUACAGAUCAUGUUGACUCUGAACUUACGUCAGUGCAGAGCAAUCCAAAAAAUGAUGAGAAUAGUAAAUUUGAUACGAGUAGUACUCACGAAAGUGCAUACAGUGACGUUUCUGGUAUUAAAAUUAAGCAAGAAUUUUCUGAUAACGAACAUUUUGAAACUCAAAGUAUGUCUUCAGAGUACGAUAAUGAAGGCAGUAUUUUACAACGCUCUCUAAUAGGUGACCAUACAGUGAAACCAGCAGAAUCGCUUGUAAUUACACCCGAUUUGCCGCCUUUAUCAAACAUAAAUCCAUUAUCCACACCUGCUUUAAAAGUUGAAACAGAAGAAUCGAAAGCGUUACCCAAUAAUUUAUCAACACAAACAAAUCCCAUGCCUCAUAUUUUUCAGCCAAAGGCGGUAGCUCACAGAAAAAAUCCAGAUUUAAAAGAGAAACAAGAAACAGAUGUUGAUAAUUUUGAAGAUAAAUUAUCGAACACAUUACAAUUAUUAAAAAGUAAUCCGCAAAUAUCUGUUUCUCGAGAACAUUUGGAUAAUAUUAAUAAAAAAGACUACCACAAAUCAGGAAAUGCCAAACAAAAAUCUGGUCAGUUUGAAAUACAACCGCAAAUUUCAAUUGAACCCAUGAAACAAUCGCCUAGCGAUAAUGGAGAAAAACAUCAUCGAUCAUCAUCAUUUUCAUCGACUUCGUCCAACAAUACAUCGAUUUUAGCUCAAAACUUGACUAAAGUUUUGUCUAAUUCAAAGCCAACAUACUCAGCCACACCAAGGAAUAUUAGUAUUGAUCGUAAUUCAGCUACACAAACAACUUCAAAACUAUCGUCUGAAUCAAUUUCACAACCAGAAUCUCAACAUUCAUCGUUAUCAACAUUAGUUCAGUUAUUUGGUCAUACUCAUGGUGUUAGUGGAAAUACAAGUCAAUCUUCUGCUGGACAAUCAUGGAAUUGCCCUCAUUGUCAACAAUUGUACCAUAAUCAGUCAGCAUUAAAGUAUCACGUACGUUUAGUACAUUCAGAUUUCAAUAAUCGGCUUUGCUGUUAUUUGUGUCCAAAUUCUUUUACCAUGCGCGAAAGCUAUAAAGCUCACAUGCUAGAACUACAUGGUAUUCGCCAUUAAAUUGCGUUGCAAGAAUACUUAUAUAAGUGGUUUAAUAACGUCUACUGUUAAAUGACAGAAAAAUUUUUUUAUAGAGUUACGUAUAUUUGAGACGGCUAAAAGUAUUCGUUAUGCUUUAGAAUUGUUUUUUUUUUUCUUUUGUAUAAAACUGAAUUUUAUUGAAAAACCAGGUGUAGUAGUGUGACAUUUUAUCUACAUUGUACGAAAAUUUGGCAUACAAUUUCAAACAGUAAAAAAAUUACAAACGUUUUAAUCGAAAGAGUGUUCUCAACAAAAUCGGCACCAGAAAUAUCUCUACAACUAUUGGACUUAUUGGGAUCAAACUUGAGUUAUGCUACAUACAAUAAUCUAAUACUUAUCCACUAUCUGCCAUGACUUUUUUCGCAUUAUAAUUUUACUGGACAAUUUUGAGAUGUAAAUCGCUUUUUGUAUUUUACCAAUGGCUGCCACGUCCGUAAACAAUUAAAAAAUCAAAUCUCGGAUCGAUAUAAGUACUUUAAAAAACAAACCUUAAUAUUAUUU